AUGGAAUCUCGGCUGGUUUUUUUACUCGCCGUAGCUCUGGCAAAGUCUCUUCGUUUGCCUGACGGUAAGGGCCGCUGGGUCUCUCUCUAUACCCUACACCUAGCGGCAUCUCUGUUCAGGCGAGAAAACUACAAUGUAUUGUAUAUGGAAAAGAGUUAUAGAUUGCGAAAUGGCAUAUUUCUACUUUCGCUUCACCAUCUCUCUUCGAUGAAUGUUGGGUUUCCCUCUGAAUAUAGCCUAUCCUCGAAGGGUAAGUUUGAGCAUGGAGUGAUCGUCAUACUUGCAAAGGAAAUGGCAUAUAGAUGA